UGCGGCGGCGGCCGCGCGGGUUCUUCCGGGCUCUGCAGCUUCCUGCCGAGCAUCGCGCAGCCGCCUCGGCCGCGGGGGACCCCGGUGCAGGCCUCCGGGGUGCAAGCCUCUGGGGCGUAGGCCUCCUAGGUGUAAGCCUCCCGGACGCAGACCUCCGCACCUGAGCACAGCGCACCAUGAGCGCCUUGCCGCCGCCGCCGCCGCUACCGCUGCUGCUGCUGCUGCUCGUGCUCCUGGCCGCGCCCGCCGUCCUCGCUCGCAGAGCCGAGUCCGCCUCGGCCUCACAGCCCGAAGCAGACCACCAGUCUCCGCCCAGCCCAGGGAAUGCCACCCAGCUGGGAUCUGGUAUGGCGGGCGGGGGAGGCUCCAACAGCAGCGUCGACGCGGUGGUGACCCGCAUCUCCAGCCUGCUUCGCGACCUGCCCACCCUGAAGGCGACGGUGAUCGUGGCUUGCGCCUUCAGCGCGCUGCUCAUCGCCUGCCUGCUGCUGCGAGUCUUCAGGUUGGGAAAGAGGUUGAAGAAGACCCGCAAGUAUGACAUCAUCACCACCCCUGCUGAACGUGUGGAAAUGGCCCCACUGAAUGAGGAUGAAGAUGAGGAUGAGGAAUCUGCAGUAUUUGACAUCAGAUACAGGUAAAACUUCCCUGGCUUAUUGGCAUCCUGUGGGGAGGCUGGUCAGCUGCAACUCUGGCUGUCAAGGUCUGGGCAUCGUCUCUCACCUGAGGACCCAAACAAAUGUUAUUUUUGAAACUCUGGCUUCACCCUACAUGUCCAGCAUCUGCCUGGAAUGUCACCGUCACACUUGUUCUCAGCCUCCAGAUGAGUGUCACCUUGGCCACCCUUGGAUGCCCCUUUGAAGUGCUCCUUCCACUGUUGUCUUGAGGGGUUUUCUACCUUCCUAAGAGAUGAAGGUGGGAGCAUCGAUGUCAAAGAAUUUCUCUAGGACCACCGUAGAUAAUAGUAAAGCUACAAUUAGGAGGAUCAAGAGUUCAUAAAACUGGGCUGGGGAGAAGCUUAGCUCAGAACCCGAUCACCUUUCAAGCAGGGGACACAGUUUGGUCCCUAGUGCUCACAUUAAAACAAAACUAGUAUGGUGGCCUACACCUGGAAUCUCAGCCUGGGACACAGGUGGAUCCCUGGGGUCAACUGCUCAGCCAGCCUAGCCUAAAGAGCGAGUUCCAAUGAAGAUACCUGGUCUCAAAAAACUUGUUUGGCUCCAGAGAAAUAAUGGCCAAGGUUCAUUUCUGGCCUCCACAUACGUGUAUGUUUGCCAACACACACACCUCAAAAGCCUGAAGGGGACUUUCAGAUGUACCCAGGAGAAUCAUGACAUUUUGUUCUCCCAAA